UUUGCAACCGUUGCCUAUCCAAAUUAAAAGCCCUAAACCCUAAGCGCGCACCCCUUAACAAAAAAAAAAAGAUGGUAGAAGAAAUUGACCAAGACACCCUUAACCAGCACCCAAAUUGUCCAUCUCCACCACCACCGCCGCCGCCGCCGCCGCCGCAAGACGACGAUCAACGAGAAGAAAAGCCACUAUCGAAAAAUGCGCAAAAGAAGGUACUAAAGCAGCAAAGAUACGAAGCAAAGAAAGCGCAGAAAAAAGCAUUGGAAAAACAGCACAAGAAAUCGGAAGCCGAACGAAAACGAAAGGAAUGGGAACAAACGCUCUCCUCCGUCUCCGGAGAAGAACGAGAGAAGUUAAUAGAGUCCAGGAAACUGUUGAGAAAAGAAAGAAUGGAAAAGCGUUCUGAAGAUAGAGAUAACAAGAUUCAAAGGCUUACUCAAGCCAAAUCCAACGGUCAGAAAAUCGUAAUCGAUCUUGAAUUCGCCCAUCUCAUGACCUCACCCGAAAUUCAUAGCCUCGUUCAACAGGUUAUGUAUUGUUAUGCGGUGAAUGCUAGGUGUUUGUGUCCAUGUCAUCUUUGGCUGACGGGGUGUAGGGGAGAAAUGGAGAGUCAGCUGGGGGCGUUACCCGGGUUUGAGAAAUGGAUGAUUGAGAAAGAGAGUCGGUCCUAUAUUGAUGCGUUUGAAGAUCAGAAGGAGAGUUUGGUUUACCUUACUGCAGAUGCCGAGGAUGAGCUCGAUGAGCUUGAUUUGAAGAAGGUGUAUAUAAUUGGUGGAUUAGUGGAUAGGAAUAGGUGGAAGGGGAUAACCAUGAAGAAAGCGCAAGAGCAGGGGAUUCAAACUGCCAAAUUGCCGAUUGGAAAUUACUUGAAGAUGUCAAGUUCUCAGGUACUUACAGUAAAUCAAGUGAUAGAGAUACUGCUCAAGUUCCUGGAAACGAAAGAUUGGAAGGCUUCAUUCUUUCAAGUUAUUCCUCAGAGGAAAAGAUUCGAGACUGGUACGGCAGAACAUCAAGAAGUAGAUGGAGAAGAGUGCGGCGGUAAGGAUGAGCCACUUGAAGAAAAAGAACAAGUGCCUUGAUGUUUUCCGCAGCUGGUAAAAUUUACCACCUUAAAUCCUUUGUCCUUUUUGAAGUAAAGAUUGCUAAUUGUAUGACUGAUUGGAUUAGUUUUAAUGAAAUCUUCCAUUUUCUCAACAA